AUGCGCGCAGCUUCACGUCUUCUAGCAAGAGCCAGUACCGUAGGCACGCCCUCCGGCGGCCUCGGUGUCGUUCCCAACGCCCUUCUCCCGCCAAUUCCGCUCUACCGCCGUGUACUCCGUGGACAUCGCAAGCAUCUGCCACCAGAGAUGCGUGUAUUGGGCGACGAAUACGUCAAGAGCGAGUUCCGGGCACACAGAGGCGUCGACAAUCCUAUCCACAUCGUAAGCCGCCACCAAAGCAUCGAGACAAGCAAGCUGGAACAAGAAAGAGUCAUGGAGACUGACAAGACGCUANNGAUCGGUUUCCUCACAGAAUGGCAAGGAUACGCUCAACAGAUUGAGGGCGAGAAGUGGAGAGGAGAUAAGAUGGACAAGGCAAAGAUUGACAAGAUGAGUGACGAGCAGAUUGCCCAGAUGUACGAGCUGAUGCAAGCCAUCAGAAAGCAAGAGCUGGAAGACAACGAUCCCGAGUUCCAGGCUGCUACUGGCCAGGAUUCCGACAAGCAAAAUUAG